AUGAACGCCAUUAAACCAGUCGUUGAGGGGCUCAAGGCAUACACAGAUGGUCUUAAUACCCUCACCAAGAAUGCACUGGGACUUUCAAUCACCUGGGGUGUAAUCCAAUUAAUUUUGGAAUGCGCUGGGCAUUCAUACAAGAUCCUGGGACAUAUUGCGAAGCUCAUUGGCACUCGUACGCAUACCCUGUCGCUAUUUAUCGAAUAUUCAAAAGAUUUCAUAAGGUAUCCUCGUCUCGAUAAGGCUCUCGUUACUAAUUUUUUCCGUGGUUUCUUUUGGGGUGGGAAAAAGUCUCGCGACAUGGAAAAAGUCAUGGACGACCUAAUGGAAUGCUUCAAGAUCGUCAAGAGAGAAGUCUCUUACGCAAAGCACCAGAGAGGCCACGCAAGGCGCCAGGAAGACCACUCAAGGCGCCAGGAAGACCACGCAAGGCACCAGAGAAACCACGCAAUACGUUGCGAGAUUCAGACAAUGGCGGCCUUCCAAGGUCCAUCGAAAUGGUACAUGAUGCAAGAGCACAAAGGCUGGCCUGAUGCAAAGAUGCUACCGCUAAAUCGACGAGUCAAGUAUUACUCUAGGGAUGAGGAGAUUGUUAAAGCGCAGCAUCAUUUGAGUACCGGGCACAUGGCGUCAGAUUGCAACAUUCGAGUCUGCGUUAUACAUGGCAUGUUUGGGGUAGGGAAGACGCAGCUCGCCCUCGAGAUCGCCUGCCAAUGGGAGGGGCCGGUCUUUUGGCUCAAUGCCGAAACACCAAUCAAGCUGAAAGAGUCGCUUGACGAGAUUGCGAGGAUAUUGAGGCUAGAUGUCGAGCCCGGGAUGCAUGGUAAGGAUCUCGGUAACUUGGCCAAGCAGUGGCUAGCUACCCAUAAUGGGUGGCUACUUAUAUACGACGAUUUAACGAGCUUUGAUGCUAUCAAUGCCCUAAAUGGAUGCAACAUUUCUGCUCCAGAUAUAUGGUCCUUAGACCAUAGGCAAGUUUCCGAGGAUCUACCAUCUUGGCCAUAUGAGAGGCUACCGCGCGAGGCUCUAGAUCAAGCCUUAUUCAAUCUGGAUCCAAGUACAUUGCCUGAAUUAGGCGCACUGGUUAUACUCGACCUCCCGACGCCUCUUACAAUGUGGCCAGCAGAGAUUUAUGAAGAAUUAAAAUCACUAUUUGACCCGUCUUCAAAUUGCCUCAUGAUCGAUGAUGAAGGGUUUGUUGCUGUUCAUCCGAUCGUAAAGCUAGAUAUCCGCAGGCGAUUCCAUCUUGAUGGUAUCGCUGCACAAGCAGCUCUCGACAAGGCCAAGGAGAUACAGAAGUGGUUUCGCAACACGACUAGCCUAAGUGUAAAGCUUAAUGCGCGAGUCAAAGCUUUCGAUGGCGACUUUGCAGCUUCAUGCCACUAA